AACCCACAGAUCGAAGCAAAUCAAAGCAAGGAAAAUCAGCUUAAUUAGCUUUGUUUCAUCAAAAGAAAGUCGGUCACGAAAGCGAAAGGGCGAUGGAAGUAAUUGAAGUUCUUCACAUGAAUGGAGGGAAUGGAGAUGAAAGUUAUGCAAACAACUCAUUGGUUCCGCAAAAGGUGAUACUGAUGACCAGGCCAAUAACAGAAGCGGCCAUAAGUGAUCUCUACUGCAGCCUCAUCCCCAAAAGCAUAUGCAUUGCGGACUUGGGAUGUUCAUCUGGACCUAACACUUUUCUGGCUGUUUCUGGGCUCCUCAAAACUGUCGACAAGAAACGCAAAAUUUUAGGCCAUAAAUCUCCAGAAUAUCAGAUAUAUUUGAAUGAUCUUCCUAGCAAUGAUUUCAACACCAUUUUCAAGUCUGUGCCACGGUUUCAAGAAAAACUGAAGAUGCAGAUGGAAUCAGGGUUUGGACCAUGUUUGUUCGCUGGAGUUCCUGGUUCAUUCUACCAAAGGCUUUUCCCCACCAAAACUGUUCAUUUUGUUCACUCAUCUUAUAGUCUUCAAUGGCUGUCCCAAGUCCCUGAAUUGAAAGAGAUUAAUAAAGGAAACAUUUACAUGGCAAGUUCAAGCCCUUCAAGCGUGAUAAGGGCAUAUGUCAAGCAAUUUGAGAAGGAUUUCUCGACAUUUCUGAGCUGCCGAGCAGAGGAAUUGGUAACUGGUGGCCGCAUGGUUUUGACGAUUUUGGGGAGAAAAAGUGAAGAUCCUUGUAGCAAAGAUGGCUGCUACAUUUGGGAGCUUUUAGCUUUGGCCCUUAAUGGUCUGGUUUCUGAGGGUCUAAUUGAAGAAGAGAAACUAGAUUCAUUCAACAUCCCACAUUACAAUCCAUCACCUGCAGAAGUAAGAAAUCUAGUUGAGAUGGAAGGAUCUUUUAUGGUUGAUCAUCUUGAGGCUACUGAGAUCCAUUGGAAUGCAUAUGACAGUGACUCUCUUGAGUUUGAUAAAUUCAAAGAUGGUGGAUAUUAUGUCGCGAAAUGCAUGAGAGCUGUCGCUGAACCCUUGCUUGUUAGUCACUUUGGUGAAGGAAUAAUAGAAGAAGUGUUCCCCAGGUACAGGAAAAUACUUUCUGAUCGCAUGUCCAAAGAGAAGACUCAGUUCAUCAGUGUGAUUGUCUCCUUGGCUAAAAGGGCAUGAUAAUCUGCGAUGUAAUCCCUCAAGAAGUGAAUAUCUACAACUGUGUUGUACUUUAGCCGUUUACUUUUCAUGCAAUUUUUAUGGAAUU